CAGUUCAGUUAGUGUUCUUUAUUUAGGUGAUAGUAGAAUUUUUCAUGGAGUGGAAGAGAUGUUUGGAUGAUGAAGAAAUAAAACAUGAAACAGAUGAUAGAAAAUCUAUGGUUCUAAGUGAGGUUGUUGUUCUUUGUAAUGUUUUAAUCUCUAUUUCCUAUUUGGGUUUUCUUGUUUUUGAGACAUUGCGAGCAGAUUCAAGUUUUGUCGAGUUUCAUCAAGUUUUCUUUUUUCAAGUUUUAUGAGUUUUUCUUAAUGAAAUCAUGUGGAAGUUUUUAGAAUGCUGGAAGUGGGAACAUGUGGUUCCAUUGUGUUUCAUGAUAACUUGAAGUCGUCUUUCUUUCUUUCUUUUGGAUAUAAAUUCAUGUGGAACUUUUUUUUACAAGUUUGUAAUAAUCUUUUACCAUAAGAUUGAUAUUUGGAGCAUAUGUAUCUACGGAAUAACCUGGAAGAACUUAAAAGCAAAGCAGCAGCUUCACUCGCAUUCUUCAUUCGUCUCUCUAACAUGCGCAGCUUGCAGAAUGGAUUCUCAAGUAAAGCUUGUAGUGGUGGUGAAGGUGAUGGGCCACACAGGCUCAAGAGGACAAGUGACUCAGGUCAGGGUCAAGUUCCUGGAUGACCAGAAUCGACUCAUCAUGAGGAAUGUGAAGGGUCCUGUCAGGGAAAGCGACAUCCUUACCCUGGUCGAGUCUGAAAGGGAAGCAAGGAGGUUGCGCUGAGUAAGGUUUUGUUCCCUGAGGUUUUGUUAGGUUUGUUUUUCAUUCACAUGUUCCGCUUGGCUUUCUGAAAUGCUUUGAGAUGGGUAUUUGAGAGAGAGAGAGAGAGAGAGAGAGAGAGAGAGAGAGAGAGAGAGAGAGAGAGA